ACAGUGUAAGAGAGAGAGAGAGAGAGAGAGAGAGGUUGGAUCUUGCUAAUUGUGAGUCCAAAAGGACCCGAGCACCAAAAGUCAGUAGAAGACAGGCCGUGCGCUGCUGCUUGUCUCGCGGUCUUGGUGUGCAUUUAGAGGGGAUUAGUUUCCACUAGAUCCCGGGCCGGACGGAUGUUCCGGCGACCGCCUGCACAAAACUCGGGAAACUGACGAGAAGAUUUUAGGGAAUUUUCCCCAGUUUUUUUCGGGAGACGAAGUGGGGGCGGGCAGGCGAUCCUGUGAGCUGCGUUGCUGCUGCUACUGCCAUGAAGCUGCCUGGCUGGAUGGCUGUGGCGCUGCUGCUUGCGCACUCGGUGUCGGCACAGCGUCGAUCAUUACAGCUAGUAGAUCAGGAGAACUCUGGAGAUGGCUUCUUUGAUGAUGAGGACUAUUCCUCUGGUUCAGGCUCAGGCUACCCAGCGUUUGAGAUAGAUGCCACUGAACUGGGUAUACCUUUAACCACAAAAGAGCCCCUGCCACAAUCAACCACACAGGCCACUGGGCCAGCCCCUUCAGCCCCACCCGCUGCAGAACCUAGCAGCCCCCCGGCACCAGAAAUAGAGAGGGAGAGUGGUAUGGAUAGUGAUAGAGAACUGGAGAUGGAGAAAAAGAGAGCCCAUCAGAUUGAGCACGAACAGGAAAUGCGGGAAAGAGAGAGAGAGCGUGAGAGGGAAAGAGAACGAGAGAGGGAAAGGGAGAGAGAGAGGGAGAGAGAAAGAGAGAGGGAACGAGAACGUGAAAGGGAACGUGAAAGAGAACGUGAAAGAGAACGUGAACAUGAAAGAGAGAGAGAGAGGGUAAGAAGUACAAUUGCACCCAGAAUACCAUUUGUUUCAAAAAUGACCACAGACUCUUUUAUGAUUGUGGAUAAGACCCCCAUCCCCACUGAGGAUACGGAGAGCCUUGGCACCACAGAAGAUGAGGAUGGUAUGUUCAUUUCCACGGAAACCUAUCCCUUUGACUCACUCAGUACAGAGCUCAUCAAAGUUGGCAUCACAAACACUGAAGAGGCUCCCAACAUUAUUGCUACCACUAUGGCUAUGCCAAUUACGACUCCUGCCACACCCAGCACUGCCCCUCCGCGAUCACGCAAACCUCAACAGAUUCCCAGUAUCACUCCUCCACGACCACGGAAACCUCAAACCACGCCCAGCCUAGCUACACCCACUGAAACUACACACCGCGUGCCAGCCUCUACAGUGCAGGUAAAAACAACAGAUUCAGACAUAAAUAAUGAAGUUGCAGUUGCAGGUCCCAGUGGGGACUCUGAGAUCCGAGACGAGGAAGGACGAGGAGGUAAUGAAGUGGGGCAUGGCAAAGGUGCAUCGGACGUCGGGGCAGAGCCUGAUUUGACUGGCAACACAAUAGAUACAGGAAGUUCAGCUGCCCAGCUUCCUCAAAAAAACAUCUUGGAAAGAAAAGAAGUUUUGAUAGCGGUGAUUGUGGGAGGUGUAGUUGGUGCACUCUUUGCUGCAUUCCUGGUAAUGUUACUUGUAUAUCGGAUGAAAAAGAAGGAUGAAGGCAGCUACACGCUGGAGGAACCCAAACAAGCUACAGUUACUUAUCAGAAACCAGACAAGCAGGAGGAAUUCUAUGCCUAAAAUCCUCACACAUUUUCUUUUUUGCAUCCCUUCAUCCUUCUAGCCUUUUCUCCCUCUGACCCUCCUUUCUUCUUGUCAUUUCUCUCUCAGUUUUUCCUGAUUCCCUUCCUUCAACAUGAGAGUGCCUGCCACUCUGCGGACUUGGGACUUUCUUUUGAAUGGAAAAAAAGAUUAUUAAAAAAAGGCUUUGUGCAGAAUUUUGCAGAUCUGCUUAGGAAGGGAUAGGGACUCCAUACAUUAAAAGAAAAGAAAAAAAAAAAGUUUUUAAGUACUCGUUGCUAUUGAUAUGUUUAAGAUUGUCGUUCUAUGAAAUUUAUGACAUAAAACCUUUUUUGUAAAGACAUGUUCUAUAAAUGCACAAUGUUCCUCUCCAGCUGAACAUGGAAGUCAAGAAGCAUGACUAAGGGAGUGAGGAAGGAAAAAAGGACAGAGAAGGUCAUGGUGGGACAGAGAGGGACAGGGGGAAAGGAAUCAAAAAGAUAAGAUAGAGAGAGAAAGGAAGAGAAGGAAUUUUUAAGCCGUGCUAUUCUAAAAAGGUCAUGCUUCUGUCACAAGGGUUGCGUUGUGCCUUCCAUUUCCCUGGUGCUAGAAGAUGAGCGUGACCACAGAAUUGUGUAUGUGAAUGCAUUUGUUUGUGUGUGUUUGCUGUGUGUGUGUAUGUGUGUGUGUGUGUAUAUGCGUGUGCUUUUGUGCACGUGUGAGGCUGAGGUGUCAUGAAAUUGUUGCCAUCACUGACCUUAGUAAGCUGAGCCACACACACACACACACACACACACACACACACACACACACACACACACACACACACACACACACACCACACUGCACAUGUUGUAACUCCCUCUGCUGGUGAGAUUGAAUAUCAGACAGGCUGGCCUCAAUGACUGUAGAACGAUAUCUUUAAAGCAAGGAGGCUGGAAAAAGAAAACUAUGAUUAACACAGCACAUGAACAUUAAGGAAACAUUUGCUGUUUGCUGUGAUGGUGCGCAUGCAAAGAAACAGGAUUAGCUAUUUCUCUGUUCUGUACAAAAACAAUUAGUUAUCAAUAGUAAAAAAUAAUCAGAAAUAUAUCAGGAGUUCUGAAUGGAUGGUAAAAGAUGAUAAUAUUAGUAGUGAAGGAUAUCUAUUUAUCUGUGCAGUAAAGGUUUUACUGGUGUAAAUAUCAACUCUUUUCUAAUUUCAGUUUAUCAUGCUUUUAAUUAUGCCUUUUAUGUAUUAAAUAUCUGCGCGUACAAACACAUACAAUCACUUUAGGAAUAUCAGUCCCAAUGUUUCAGCAAACUGUGUAGAGAUUUUAUUUAACCUAACAGACCCUUCUGCCCAUUACUUCAAUAGAAAAUCUGAACAUUCCUUAUAUUUUCAGUAUUUUGUUGAUGUUUUAUCAGGUAAAAAGCACAAGCUCACAAAAUGUGUCUCACAUUCUCAUUGAUAUUCACAUCCUACCACAUUCAAACAUCAUCACAUUCACACACAAUACUACACCAUUAGAUGUCCAGCGGUCCUGUCCUCUCAAUGAUACAAGAGUUACAAGGCAUGGACUGUGUGGUUGGGAGAGGAAUUUCAGGAAAUCAGUAUGUGGUCAAAUUUAAAGCUAACAGAUGAAAGGAUUAAUGGUCCAGGAUGAGUACUGUAUUAAAUACAGAGAAAGUUCAGCUUAAGGGAUUUUGUUGGGGGAAAAAACAGAACCUAUUUAAAGAGUCAAGAAAAGGUCAUAAGAGUUUGUCAGGUUGUUUUUGAUUAUGGUGCAACAUUGUGUCAGAGUGCUGUACAUCGUGGUCAAUAAAAACGAAAUGGCUGCACAGUUAGAGUUAGGUAAAAGUGCAUGAUGUAGCAAUAAUGCAGCUAUUAACGUUGACAUACCCAUAAUGCUGUCACCCUCCACUGCUGCUGAGGGAGAAUGUACCCACAAUCUCAUGCAGAUUUCAACUGCCUGGCCUUACUGUAACCUUAACAAACACUGUAGUCACAUGUAUGUGGUGUUACAUGUUGGUCAUAUAUCAUUCCAUGUGCUACAGCGCUGGGUGAUAUGAGCAAGUCCAUAGCACAAUUUAAUACGUCCCUUACUGCCCACUGUAGCAAAUCACUGGUAGGUAAACUAACAAAUUCACAACAUAUCACUAUAAGGGGACACAAAGGGACAGGGCUAUGAAUCUAAUAAACUGCACUGAACCACAAUUCUUAACACAGCCAACCCACUUUAAUUCCAUCAAUUCCAGUAGAGCACUCAAAGACAUCGAUGCUCAUUUAAAGCAGGGUGUCAGACACCACAGAAGAGUACAGCAUUACUUCCUUUUUUUAAUAGUUUAUUUAAUUAAUCACCAAUGCCUUGAUUAGAUACAUUUGGUGUACUUGAAGAGAGAAAAGAUAUAGCUGUCACCUGCUGGAGUCUGACAUCCUGAUUUAAAGUCUGUGGGGGGGAAGGAAAUAUUGGGUGGUGUUGUAAGCAUGUGAGGUGGCUGUACAUCUAUUUAUGAUUGUAAUGUCACAUCAGUGCACCUGUAGCUUGGAUAUUGUUUAAUAUAAUAAUCAAAUCUGUAUGACCAUGUCAUGCCUGUGUGUGCAUGUAUGUGCCCAUGCGCUGACUGAAAUGUAUCUGCCCAAUGUUUUUUCCUCUUCAACUUUUCUUCCAUCAUUAUGGGGUUUUGUCAUGGACUAAAAUUACUUCAGUUAGUAAAAUAAUUUAUGAUAGAAGGCAAGACACUCCAAUGCAAAGGUUUUUUUUUAUGGUUUAUGGGUAAAGAUUAUUGCACUAGCUGUGAUUUCUCGCUUCAUAACAUACCCUCCCAGGCACAUUCUACUACUGUCAUUAGUAGAAAUAAUUACUGUAGAACACAAAAAAAGGUGUGCUUUAUAAAUAGGCUCUUGGGAAAUUCCUUAUGACCACAAACACAUUAUGCACCUUUUGUGAUUUAGUGCACUAACAAUAUUGUCACACAAUCUCAGCAAUCACUCUUAAAUAGUAAUAAGUUUGCCUUCACAGUCAAUAUGAUUACUAGCUCAAUUUGUAAAAAUAUUGACACCUACACAUUCAGAUCAUACUUCAGGGAUUAAGAUGUUUUGAUUGUUCACAUUUUAAACAUAUGUAGCUAUUUCCAGCAUGGCUACAAGCUUAAAAUGACCUACAAGGAUACAAAGAACUGUUGUGUUGUGUGUGUAUAUAUAUAUAUAUAUAUAUAUAUAUAUAUAUAUAUAUAUAUAUAUAUAUAUACACACAACAAAACACAAAUACACAUAUGCACAGACCUCCCAACAACACCACUUGUUUACUUGGGAAUGUCUGGUGCUCAUUGUGUGUUAAACCUGAAUUGAUUUGUCUCAGUGAAAUUUAAAUUUUGUUUGUUGAUUGCUGUUUUCCCCACCAUUUACCUUAACCUGUCACUUUCUACCCAUGGCCAAAUAAGAGGCAGGCCUUCCUGUGUUUGUGUGCCAAACACAGGCCAGCAUGGUUUUGAUGUGAAGGUUGCCCAUUGUGUUUUAUACGUGCACAUUUUUACGAGCAGAGGUUUUUAUUUCUCCUCAUUUGGUUUGUGUAUAUGGGGGGGGCGACAUUCUGUCACUAAUAUGCCACUCUGUUCUAAAUAAAAGACCUGGUUGGGUA